AUGGCUGCAUACACUGGAGCCGCGAACACAAUUCCAUCAGCAGCCGGAUAGUGAGGGGAUAUUUGGAUGUUUUGAUCCACGGCGACCGCAGCAAUCAUUAUUUGGACAUUAUCUGUUUUGUACUAUCGACUGCUAGUCAUGGCCGACUUAUAUUUAUGGAUACGUUCAUUGUGUUUGCAAUAAAAGCACCGUACAGCAAUCUCCGGGUGAGACGACCCGAAUAUAAAGCAGUCAUUACAGAGGGUCUGACGUUAGUUUAGUUACACUGCCGUUUUUUAAAUUUGUCUGCGAGCCUCGUUAUACCGUUAACGUCUCGUGAAGCUAACGUUUUUAUUAGUGUCGCUUUACCUUGGAAUGCAACUUUUUUCUUUUAAGUUUUUUGUACUCGGAGCUUGCUGAAUCUUGGCAAAGUAACGUUAGCCCAACACGGCUGCUGAGAGGAAAGCAUCGCGGAGUGGUGUUGUGCCAUGUUGAAACUACAGUCAAGAAGCAACAACACGCAACGAGGAUGAACAGGAAGAAGGAUAAAGCGUUUGAGAGCCCUCGCCCCUUUAAAUUGACCCACCAGGUGGUGUGCAUCAACAACAUCAACUUCCAGAGGAAGUCUGUUAUUGGCUUUGUUGAGCUAACCAUCUUCCCCACAGUGGUCAACCUGAACAGGAUCAAGCUCAACAGUAAACAGUGCCGCAUCUACAGGGUCCGGGUCAAUGAACUCGAAACCCCAUUCAUUUACAACGACCCCACACUGGAGGUGUGCCACCAUGAGUCCAAGCAGAGGAAUCUCAACUAUUUCUCCAGCGCCUACACUGCAGCAGUGAGUGCUGUGGACCCCGAUGCAGGACACGGGGAGCUGGUCAUCAAGGUCCCCUCUGAACUCUGGAAACAAGGAGAUGAUUUGAAAGUCUUAAAGGUGUACAUCGAGUUUUCCCUGGACCAGCCAAAGGGAGGUCUCCACUUCGUUGUUCCUGAUGUGGAAGGCAGCAUGGCGGAGAGAGGAGCUCACGUGUUCUCCUUUGGAUACCAGAACUCCACCAGAUUCUGGUUCCCCUGUGUGGACUCCUACUCAGAGCUCUGUACGUGGAAGCUGGAGUUCACCGUGGACGCUUCUAUGGUGGCCGUGUCGUGCGGCGACCUGGUCGAGACCAUCUACACCCAUGACAUGAGGAAGAAGACUUUCCACUAUGUCCUCCCCAUCCCCACCGCGGCCCCCAACAUCUCCCUGGCAGUGGGGCCCUUUGAAAUCCUAGUCGAUCCCUACAUGCACGAGGUGACCCACUUCUGCCUGCCGCAGCUGCUGCCGCUGCUCAAACACUCCAUGUCGUACCUACAUGAGAUCUUUGAGUUCUACGAGGAGAUUCUGACAUGCCGCUACCCUUAUGCCUGCUUCAAGACCGUGUUUGUGGACGAGGCCUAUGUGCAAGUGUCCUCCUAUGCUUCCAUGAGCAUCUUCAAUACCAACCUGCUCCACAGCGCUAUGAUCAUAGACCAGACCCCGCUGACUCGCCGCUGUCUGGCCCAGGCCUUGGCUCAGCAGUUCUUUGGCUGUUUCAUCUCCAGGAUGUCAUGGGCUGAUGAGUGGGUGUUGAAAGGAAUCUCAGGCUACAUCUAUGGCCUCUACCUGAAGAAGACCUUUGGAGUCAAUGAGUACCGCCACUGGAUCAAAGAGGAGUUGGACAAGAUUGUGGAAUAUGAACUAAAGAUGGGAGGAGUUCUGUUGCACCCAACCUUCAGUGGAGGCAAAGAGAAGGACAACCCAACUCCCCACCUUCACUUCUCCAUCAAGCACCCCCAUACUUUGUCCUGGGAGUACUACAAGAUGUUCCAGUGUAAGGCCCACCUGGUGAUGAGGCUGAUAGAAAACAGGAUCAGCAUGGAGUUCAUGUUGCAGGUUUUCAACAAGCUCCUGAGCCUGGCGAGCACAGCCUCGUCCCAGAAGUACCAGAGUCACAUGUGGAGCCAGAUGCUUCUGUCUACUCACGCCUUUCUCAAAUCCAUCUCCAACGUGUCAGGCAAGGACAUCGGCCCCCUCAUCAAACAAUGGGUAGAUCAAAGUUCUGUGGUGAAAUUCUUUGGCAGCUUUGCCUUCAAUAGGAAGAGGAACGUGCUCGAGCUGGAGAUCCGACAGGACUACACGUCGUCUGGGACUCAGAAAUAUGUGGGUCCCAUCAAAGUGACGGUGCAGGAGCUGGAUGGAUCCUUCAACCAUACGCUGCAGAUCGAGGAGAACAGCCUCAAACAUGACAUCCCCUGUCACUCCAAGAGCAGACGAAACAAGAAAAAGAAGAUCCCUCUGAUGAAUGGAGAGGAAGUUGACAUGGAUUUAUCGGCCAUGGAUGCGGACUCUCCUCUCCUGUGGAUCCGCAUCGACCCAGACAUGUCCAUUCUGAGGAAGGUGGAGUUUGAGCAGGCCGACUUCAUGUGGCAGUAUCAGCUGCGCUAUGAGAGGGAUGUAGUUGCACAGGAGGAGUCCAUCUCAGCAUUGGAAAAGUUCCCCACUCCUGCCUCCAGACUGGCUCUGACAGACAUCCUAGAGCAGGAACAGUGCUUCUACAAAGUCCGCAUGCAGGCCUGCUUCUGUUUGGCCAAGAUAGCCAAUGCCAUGGUGAGCACGUGGCAGGGUCCGCCGGCCAUGAAGUCCCUGUUUACCCGAAUGUUCUGCUGUAAGAGCUGCCCCAACAUCGUCAAGACCAACCACUUCCUCAGCUUCCAGAGUUACUUCCUGCAAAAGACGAUGCCCGUUGCCAUGGCGUUGCUUAGAGACGUCCAGAACCUCUGUCCCAAAGAUGUCCUCAACUUCAUCCUCGAUCUCAUCAAGUAUAACGACAACAGGAAAAACAAAUUUUCAGAUAACUUCUACCGUGCUGAGCUGAUAGAAGCUCUGACCAACUCCCUGACCCCAGCCAUCAGCAUCACCAACGAGGUGCGCACUGUGGACAAUUUGAACGGUGACGUCCGUCUCAUCUUGGAGGAGAUCACUCGAUUCCUCAACAUGGAGAAACUGCUGCCGAGCUUCAGAAACACCAUCACUGUCAGCUGUCUGAGUGCGAUCCGCCAGCUUCAGAAGAAUGGUCAUAUCCCCAGUGACGCGUCACUCUUCAAGUCCUACGCCGAGUACGGACACUUUGUAGACGUUCGCGUUGCUGCACUGGAGGCUCUGGUGGACUAUACUAGAGUUGAAAGAAGCUCAGUGGAGCUGCAGUGGCUGCUCAACAUGGUCCAGAAUGACCCCACUCAUUAUGUCAGACAUAAGAUCCUGGGUAUGCUCUGUAAGAAUCCACCUUUCACCAAGACAACAGACUCAGCUCUGUGUAAUGAAGCGCUGGUCGACCAGCUCUGGAAACUCAUGAACUCAGGUGAGACACACACACACACACACACAUCUGCACUCUUUAUGAAAUGACAGGAUGUAAAGUCCUCAUGACAUCGUGUUGUCAUUCAGUCAGUCAAGCUGCCCUCCUUUUUAAAGGGAUAGUUUGCAGGUUCCUUGUCAGUCUGCUUUAACUUUCCGCCAGACGGCCCUUUCCAACGGGGAGGCAGUUGUAUCCGUCUAUGCUCGCCAAAGCUACCAGACUCCAUUGAAACAAACCAGUACUUUUUCUUCCCAGAACACAGGGGUUUGCUGGCCGUCACUGUACUACUGUAUGUGUAGUUUAUCAAUCUGAUUUGAGGAGCUUCUCACUGGAUGCGACCCAACAUCGCUCACGUCAUUGUUGAUCAGAUGCAGGUGACCGUGUGUCAGGAAUGUGGUGAACAAAGCUGUACCAUGCUGAAGAGAGGUUUUGCUAGCCUGCCACUGCAAACAAAUAAGGCACUUCCUGUCUGUUUCCAUCUUUCCCUGUUCCUGCCAAAUUCACAACCUACUGGUGCCGGGAAGACCCCUUCCAGAUUUAGCUGCGUUACGGACUUUAUUUCAAGCACAUUUUCUAAGAACUUCUGAAGCUUAAACCUCUUAAGCCCGACUCAGUAACCAGGCAGGAAGUUGAGUCCUGCAUGGUUCUUGUUUUUCACUGCCAGAGAUCAACGAAAACUAAUUUGCUUCCCCUCUGCUUUACUAAACAUACUGUUGUCCGAGUUCAGGGACCUCGUUGUUUUGUUUCUCUGUGUUGUUCGAUAAACAGAGAGAAGCCCUUGCAUUACUACAGCAUCCAUUCCAACCAGAGCGCUUUUACAGUAAUGAUAUAAACAACCAUGCUACAUCUGUUAUCAUCUCAUUUAUAACAAAAGAGGUGAUAACAGACGGCUUUCUGUCGUUCAGAUGGACAAAGGCAGAGAUAAAGUGGUUUCCCUUUCCACAUGUGUACUGCUGGACAGACUUCUGUCAGACUGCUAUGCUGCUGUUGCACAACUCACUGACACCGUUUGAAAGUUCUCUGUAAUCCUCUAUAAUGGAUCCCAAGAGGUUCUGAGUGAACUCUAAAUGAAUGACUUGUGUGUCUCAUUCAGCUUGUUUCCAGACCUUUGCUUUUCUCUGUUCUAGAAGAGGAAACAGGACAAAUCUAGCUACAGUUCAUCAUGUGGUAGAAAGUGGAGUUGUUGGGAACAGCUGCACAGUUUUGCCUCAUUUCCAGUUCCACUUGCUUACGUCCAUAUACUUUGCCGUACAUUCACUCCCAGCCACGUGUAUUGUGCAUGUGCUGGUGUGAUUUUAAUUUAUUCUGUAAAAUGUAGAAAACAAACUGAAAGAUGCCUUUCACAAGUUUCCAAAGCCGAAGGUGACGUCUUUAAUUACCGUAGCUUGUUUUGUGCGAGCAAUAGUCCAAAACACAAAGAUAUUCCUUUUACUAUUAUAUAAAACAGGGUCGAUGGUACACUUCCUUUAUUUUAGCUUUUUACUGGAACACUGCUGCUUUGUCCUGAAUGCAUGUUAUAAAAGUAUCUUACUGCUACCUUCGGAAGUGGCUUAAACUUUCAUUCUUCACCAGGGGGCGACUCCUCUGGUUGUAUAGAAGUCUAUGAGAAAAUAGCUCUAAUUCUCACUUGAUUUA